AUGGAAAAUUGCGAGUGUGUGAGCAACAGAAACACCACCACUUGGUCAAGUUAUGUGAGAAUUUUCUACAAUUCCUUCAUGUGUGUCGAUAAUUUAAUGACAAGAUUGAAGAUGCCAAGAUGGAGAACAUUUUGGAGGAAGAUCAAGAGGGAAAAGAGGAAACUUUUCAGUUCUUCACCUGUAGUUCAUGUCCAAUAUGACCUCAGCUCCUACUCACAAAACUUUGAUGAUGGCUACUCCACCGACCCUGAUAACCUUUCUCGCUCAUUCUCAGCUCGAUUUGCAGUCCCCUCCAAGAUUUUUGAGAAUACUACUAAAAUGAGAUGUGGAAGUAUUGCUAAUCUCCUCACUGAGAUGUUCUUCGAUGUUUCCAUUUACUUUUCUCUGUCAUCUGCUUUUCCACUUCAUGGUACAUAG